AACCUUUUUUUCCACAAAAAUAAUUAAGAUUUAUUGUCAUCAUCAACAUGUCACGACAAUCCCUUACUCAUCAACUUCUGUACAUACACACAAUCAAAUCAACAAUCCAAAACUCAUCAAAACUCCAAUACCAUCCACCCCUCCCUUCUCCCAUGUCUCCCAUCACCGCCUGCGACGUCGCCGUGAUCGGCGCCGGCGCAGCCGGCCUAGCCGCCGCCCGUCAACUCCGGCGGGAGGGUCACAACGUCGUCGUUUUCGAAAAAGAAUCCCAAAUCGGCGGCAUUUGGGUAUACAACAACGCCACCGAACCCGACCCGCUUGGCCUCGACCCGACCCGACCCAUAAUCCACUCCAGUCUCUACUCUUCUCUCCGGACCAACUUACCAAGAGAAACAAUGGGUUUCAGAGAAUACCCGUUUGUAGCAAAGAAAACGGGUCAGAGGGACCCGAGAAGGUUUCCGGGUCAUGUAGAGGUGUUGGAGUAUUUGAAAGAUUAUGCUAGCGAGUUCGGACUCAGUGAGUUGGUUCGGUUUGAAACGGAGGUGAGUCGGGUUUGGAGAAGGGAGGGUGGGAAGUGGGAAGUGAGGUUUAGAAAGAGAAGUGGAGGUGAUGAAGAUGUUGAUGAGGAUUUUGAUGCGGUUGUUGUAUGUAAUGGGCAUUAUACGGAGCCCCGAAUUGCAUUUAUUCCGGGUGUUGAUCGGUGGCCCGGAAAGCAGAUUCAUAGUCACAAUUACCGUGUUCCAGAGCCCUUUCAAAAUAAGAUUGUAGUACUAAUAGGGAGCUCAGCAAGUGCGGUUGAUAUCUCUAGAGAGAUUGCAAGUGUUGCUAAUGAAGUCCACAUUGCAUCUUGGUCAAACUCGAACGAAGAAAGUGAAACUUUACCCGGAUAUGACAACGUUUGGCUCCGUCCUAUGAUAGAAAGUGCCAACGAAGAUGGUACAAUUUCAUUUCCACACGGGUUCAAGAUCUCUGCCGACAUCAUUCUACACUGCACAGGGUACAAGUAUCAUUUUCCGUUUCUUGAUACCCAAGGUAUCGUGACCGUUGAUGACAAUCGAGUGGGCCCACUUUAUAAACAUGUAUUCCCGCCAUCAUUAGCCCCUUGGCUUUCUUUCGUUGGGUUGCCAUGGAAGAUUGCUCCGUUCCCUCAGUUUGAACUCCAAUGUGAAUGGAUAGCGGGUAUAUUAUCGGGUCGAAUUUCACUACCGUCACAAAACGAAAUGAUGAAAGAUGUCGAGGCAUUUUAUGAUUCCUUGCAAGCAUCGGGCGUCCCUAAACGUUAUACGCAUAAUAUGACUGGGUAUCAGUUUGAGUACAAUGACUGGCUUGCCACACAAUGUGGGGCCCCCAAAACCGAAGAAUGGAGAAAGAAAAUUUAUGACGCGACUUCUUUGAACAGAAAAGCUCGCCCUGAGACUUAUCGCGAGGAAUGGGAAGAUGAAGAUUUGGUGUUGCAAGCUUAUCAAGAUUUCGCAAAGCAGGUUUCCUGUAAACAAGUGUCUUAGUGACCACACGACUUAAAAGCGUACAUGAUGAUUGUUGUAAUCAGUAUUACCUAUCAUAUACACUUAAUAUAAUAUUUACAAAGUUCACAUUUAUCAGGAUUUGAUACUUCUUGUUUCUAUCUUGGUCAACAUUGUUGCAUUAACUACUCUCUUAUCGUGUUGUUAAUAAAACAUAUGUUGUUUCUUUGUUA